UCAUCAAGUUUUUUAUAAUGAUGGAAGCAGUGAAACGAUUUGUGGGUCCAAAAUGGCGGCAAUAUUUGGCGGCUUCUUUAGCGAGCUACGGCAGUCUAUGCACAGGAAUGUCUAUGGGAUGGACAUCGCCAAUAUUCCCACAACUGCGAGGACCCAACUCGCCACUGGCUGAGGAGCCUACGUUACAACAGGAGUCUUGGAUCGGAUCCUUACUUGUGCUUGGAGGGUUGGCCGGUCCCAUAAUUACAGUUCCUCUAUCAAGAUACAUAGGACGGCGAUGGCUGGUGAUGGGAUCGAAUCUACCACUCCUACUAGGCUGGCUGCUAGCCGGGGUAGCUUCGGACCUGCCCACCUUAUACGUUGCUAGGCUUAUGUGGGGCUGUGCCACGGGCAUGCAGUUUGCUACUGUGCCGCUUUAUAUUGGGGAAAUUGCAGAGGAUCACAAUCGUGGUGCUCUCAGCUCUUUAUUCCUUCUCUUCAUCAACGUAGGCUUCCUGCUCGCGUACGCCAUCGGCCCCUUCACAUCGUACUGGGGCCUCACAGCCUGCGGGGGGAUACUUUCACUCUUCUACGUGCCUUUCACGUGGUUCAUACCUGAGACACCAUUCUUUUUAGUAUAUAAAGAUCGCAAUACAGAGGCAUCAGAUGUGCUAAAAAAACUCCGAGGCACCUCGAAAGAGGCGGUGCAAGCAGAAUUGGAAGGUCUGCAGGCCUUGGUCGCCAGGGAGUUUAAAGAGGAACCCAAGAUUUCUGACUUGUGGGCUACAAGAGGCAACGUCAAGGCUUUGGGUAUCUGCGUGUUCUUGGCAAUGCUGCUUCAGCUAUCCGGCAUAGACGUGCUACUGUUCUACAUGGAAGAGCUGUUGGUCAAAGUCGGCACGAAAAUCUCCGCUUCUGACGGCACCAUCAUCAUGGGAGCUGUGCAGGUGGUAACAAGCUGCAUUACUCCUCUGGUAGUGGAUCGGUUGGGAAGAAAACUGCUAAUGUGGACUACCUCUCUGGGACUCACUAUCUUCCUUGGCCUAAUCGGCGUGUAUGCAUUAUUAGAUUCAUACUACAACUACGACAUGGGGUCGUGGGCGUUCCUUCCGCUCCUCUGUCUUAUUAUCUACAUGAUACUCUUUACUUUGGGUGUGGGCCCGGUACCCUGGAUCCUGGUGGCGGAAAUGUUUCCGGUGAAGACCAAGUGUUUAGCCAGUGGAAUAGCUUCCUUCAUGUGCUGGCUGGCUGGUUUCAUCUGGACCAGGUUCUUUCGUGACGUAGCAGCAUCGUAUGGCAUCUACACCGCUUUCUGGGUACUAGCUGUGUGCUGCGGCGUCGGCUUUGUCUUCUCCGCUACACUUCUCCCCGAGACCAAAGGCAAGACCUUCGACGAGAUUCAGGACAUGCUUAAUAACAGGUCCAAAGAGCCGAAACCAGUGGCAGUAUAGAAGUAACCGUUAAGCCAUAUGAUAUCUACUGUAUUGAUCAAAUUUGUAAAUAUUUAAUAACUUAGCAUCAUACACAGUGUCAGGACGAUUCAAGAAACAAAUUGUUGCAAGGGCGAAAUAUAUCAGUCUAGCCUGUAGCAGUCCGUCAGCUAACCGUGUUGACUACAUGUGUAUAUUGUGUCUUUCCUGUUGAAUAUUGCAUUUAAAUUGUCUAUCAAAAGUUUGUCAGAUUAUUAGUACAAACCACGGUUUAAAUGGCAACACUGAGCCGGAAUGACAGAAUACCACCGGACUGUCUAUCACUUUACGCGGUACACCCACUGGCAAUUAUUAAUCAGUAUUCAGUCUUGCGUAGCAUAAUAUCACUCUUCUGACUAAAGAUAUUUUUCACCGCUUCUUGCCCGUGGACCACCUGACUUGUUCACGUGGGUGGACCACGGGCAAUUAUUUCUUCACGUGGUUCACUUAUUAACGUAAAAUACCGGUUCUAUAAAGAGAGGGAUCACAUGUUAAAGACUAAUUUUUUAGUUUAUAUUUUCCACUCCUCGGUUGAGAAAUAAGUGCCACAGAAUAAUAUAUAACAUUAUGAUAGACAUUUUCUGAAAUAAAUGAAAAAAAAAUCCAAAUAUAAACUGUAUACAUUAAUA